AUGCAUAUCAAACAGAUAACCAUUCAAGGGUUCAAAAGCUACAAGAAUCAAACCGUCGUCGACCCAUUCUCACCAAAGUUGAAUGUCAUUGUUGGGCGCAAUGGCUCCGGGAAAAGCAACUUUUUCGCAGCUAUCCGAUUCGUACUCAGCGAUGCUUAUUCGCAGAUGGGCCGUGAGGAGAGGCAGGCUCUUAUUCAUGAAGGAUCUGGCUCGGCCGUGAUGUCUGCAUAUGUUGAGGUUGUCUUCGAUAAUUCUGACGGCCGAUUCCCCACCGGAAAUGACGAACUCAUUCUACGGCGAACGAUCGGGCUCAAGAAAGAUGAAUAUUCACUUGAUCGUAAGAACGCAACGAAACAGGAUGUGAUGCAGUUGCUUGAAAAUGCUGGCUUCUCACGCGCUAAUCCCUAUUACAUUGUUCCUCAAGGUCGUAUCACGCGUUUAACCAAUAUGAAAGACUCAGAACGGCUUGAUGUUUUGAAGAGUGUUGCUGGUACACAGCAAUUCGUUGCCAAGAAGGAAGAAUCGCAGAAGAUCAUGAGCGAAACAAAUAACAAACUUGCUGCCAUUGAUCAAACCUUCGAACAAAUUAAUGAGAGGCUUGCAGAACUUGAGGAGGAACAAGACGAGCUGCGGGAUUUUCAGGACCAAGAUCGCGAGAAGCGCGCUUUGGAGUAUACCCUAUUCCAUCGCGAACAAGAAGAAAUCAACAAAGCCUUGUCCGGCCUGGAAGACAGGAGAGCGGGGGGCAUUGACGAUGCCGAUGAGAAUCGCGAACAAUAUGCUCAAGGUGAAGAGACUUUGGCCAAGAUCACCCAGAAGGUACAAUUAUUAAAUCAACAAAUGCACGCAGCACGGCUUGAAAAGCGGCAGUACGAAGAUGAAAAGCGCGAAAAGGCGAAAUUACGGGCUCAAGCGGAACUCGAGGAGCGCAACAUGUCGCAUGGGCAGGCUUCCGCACAGCGUUCCAAAGACAAUCGCGACAAGGAGUUGCAGAGCGUGCGAGCACAAAUCAGACAAAUCGAGAAGGAACUCAAAACUGUGGUCCCACAAUUCGAGGCGGAAAAGGCUAAAGAAAGCUCUGUCAAAGCUCGCCUAGAUGAGGCAGAAACAAGUUCCCAGCGGCUAUACUCCAAACAAGGCAGAAAUGCGCGAUUCAAGACCAAGAAAGAUCGCGACAGCUGGUUGCAGACCCAAAUUGAUGAGGCUUUCGAAUCUCUAUCACGCUUCAAAGCUACACGUAUGCAGACCUCAGAAGGCAUUAUUGAAGACCAGAAAUUGAUCGACCAGCUUGAAAAGGAGGUUCAAGAGCUACAAGAUGAUGCGGGGACCUCUGACGAGGUUAUCGAUCAUGAAAUUCAGACAGCGAAUGAGCGAAAAGAGACUCUGAUGGAUGAGAGAAAGCUGUUAUGGAGGAGAGAAGCCCAGUUGCAUUCAGAAUAUGCCUCCGCACAAGACGACCUCAGAAAAGCAGAGCGCAGUUUGUCUCACAUGAUGGACGGCAAUACCAGUCGAGGUUUAGAGGCGGUUCGACGAAUCAAGCAACAAUACAACCUUGAGGGGUGCUAUGGCACACUUGCAGAAUUGAUUGAUGUACCUCAACAUCAUACUGCAGUCGAGGUUACCGCUGGAGCAUCUCUCUUCCAUUAUGUUGUCGACAAUGAUGAAACAGCUACCCGAGUCAUGGAAAUAUUGAACACUGAGCGUGCUGGACGUAUCACAUUCAUGCCCUUGAAUCGCUUGAAGCCCAAGAUGGCAAACUUUCCAAAUGCACAAGAUGCUCGGCCUCUCAUGUCACUGAUGAGCUAUGAUCCGAAAUUCGAGAAAGCAGUGCAGCAAGUAUUUGGCAAGGCAAUCAUCGCUCAAAAUCUCAGUAUCGCAGCUCAAUACGCUCGAACGCAUGGCCUGACUGCAGUUACCCCUGAGGGUGAUAGAUCUGAUAAGAAAGGUGCUUUGACGGGUGGCUAUCAUGACAUUCGUACCUCGCGACUGAAAGCAACGAAAGCUGUCAUCUCUGCGCGCGAAAAAUUCGAACGUGUCAGGGCAGAAAGCAAUGACAUCAAGCGACAGAUCGAAAAGAUUGACCAAACGAUCACAAAAUCCGUAGGUGAUGUCCAGAGACUGGAACAGAGAAAGAACCAAGGCCAAAAUCAACAACGACUACAACGACAAGAACUCAGAAAUAAAUCAGAAAUGCUCUCUCGAAAAAAGGACGAUCUGGAUGCAAAAAGAAGGCAAGAGGCUACCAUUGCCUCCAACGUGAAAAGCCUUAGCGACCAACAGACAGCAUACUCCUCAGAAUUGAAUUCGGACUUUAAGAAAGCUCUGACGACUGCUGAGGAAUCGCAAUUGGCCAAUUUAACCACAAGCAUUCAAAAGCUCAGACUUGAGUAUAACAAUGUUUCUGCAUCACGAGCGGAGAUUGAGACCAAGAAAGCAGACCUAGAAGUUAGGUUGAAUUCAAGCCUGAAACCACAAUUACUCGCACUUGAGGCAGAUGAGGGGGACUCAGAGGCUACCUCGUCUGCUGGUCUGAAAGCCAAACGGGCUGAAUUAGCACGGUUAACCAAAGACUUGAAUUCUGUCCAACAGAAUCUGAACGACCUGGAGGAAAAGUUAGAGGACUCUGCAACGAAAGUGGCUGCUUAUGAGACAGAAGCUUCUGACAUUCGAAGACAGCUAGAUGACUUGGCAAAGGCAAUUGAACGUCAUCAACGUCGGCUUGAGAAGUCGGUACAGAAGAAAGCUGCAUUGCUGGCUUCUAAGCAAGAAGCCCAGGAGAACAUUCGCGAACUUGGUGCAAUACCGGAAGAGUCAAGGACCAAGUACCGUUCCAUGGACUCCAACACAAUUGUGAAACGGCUUCAGAAAGUCAAAGAAUCGCUAAAGAAGUACAGUUCUGUUAACAAGCACGCUUUCGAACACUAUCGCAAGUCCACAAAGCAAAGAGAGGAACUCGACAGCCGGCGAAAAGACCUUGAAGCAGCCAAGACAUCCAUUCAAAAUCUGAUUGAAGUGCUCGAUCAGAGAAAAGAUGAAGCCAUCGAACGAACAUUCAAGCAAGUCAGUAAAGCAUUCGCUGAAGUUUUCCACAAACUGGUGCCAGCCGGCAGAGGUCGAUUGAUCAUUCAACGCAAAACCGAUGCUCGACAAGCAGAUGAUGAAGAGUCCGAUGCAGAACCUAUAAGCAAACGUGGUGUCGAGAAUUAUACUGGUGUUGGAAUUAGUGUGAGUUUCAAUAGCAAGCACGAUGACCAACAACGUAUUCAACAGCUUAGUGGUGGACAAAAGAGUUUGUGCAGUCUCGCACUCAUUUUUGCCAUCCAAGCAACGGAUCCGGCUCCUUUUUACAUCUUUGAUGAAAUCGACGCCAAUCUCGACGCUCAGUAUCGUACCGCAGUUGCCGACCAUCUUAUGUACCUGGCAAAUAAGGUUGAUGACGGAGCGACUGAGGAUGACCUGCCCUCAAGCGGUCAAUUUAUUUGUACAACUUUCAGACCAGAAAUGUUGAGGGUGGCCGACAAAGUUUACGGAGUUACAUUCGCAAACAACGUCUCUAGUAUCCGUGUCGAAUCAAUCGAAAAUGCCUUGGACUUCGUUGAGAGUCAAACUCAGUGA